CAGGAAGCCCCAGUGCUGCCUCGGGAUUCUGAAGGCGAGGUUUGCUGGGACCCCGACCCCACCCGGCCGGCGCGAUGGCAGCCACCCUGGAUUUGAAAUCGAAGGAGGAGAAGGAUGCCGAGUUGGACAAGAGGAUCGAGGCGCUUCGGCGGAAGAAUGAGGCCCUCAUCCGGCGCUACCAGGAGAUCGAGGAGGAUCGUAAAAAAGCUGAACUUGAGGGAGUAGCUGUGACGGCUCCCCGGAAGGGCCGCUCGGUGGAGAAGGAGAAUGUGGCAGUCGAGGUGGAGAAGAGUCUGGGUCCUUCCCGGAGGUCUCCUGGGACCCCUCGGCCCCCAGGGCCCAGCAAGGGAGGGCGACAGCAGGGAGGCCGGGCAGGCAUGGGCCGGACAGUGCGUGGCUGGGAGGACGGCUCCGGGGAGCAGCCUCGAGGAGGAGCUGGGGGCCGUGGCCGGAGGGGCCGUGGCCGGGGGUCCCCUCAUCUCUCGGGAGCCAGUGACACCUCAGCCUCUGACCGCAAAUCCAAGGAGUGGGAAGAGCGGCGCAGGCAGAACAUCGAGAAGAUGAACGAGGAGAUGGAGAAAAUUGCGGAGUACGAGCGCAACCAGCGGGAAGGCGUGCUCGAGCCCAACCCGGUGCGGAACUUCCUGGACGACCCCCGGCGCCGCAGCGGGCCCCCGGAGGAGCCCGAGCGGGACCGCAGGGUUCCGGGGUGGGCUGUGGUGCAGAACGGUGCCCUGACUGCUGGUGGGCUGGGGCAGGGCCGCCGGGCCGGCAGCGCUGGUGACAUGACGCUGUCCAUGACGGGCCGGGAGCGCUCGGAGUACCUGCGCUGGAAGCAGGAGAGGGAGAAGAUCGAUCAGGAGCGACUGCAGAGACACCGGAAGCCCACCGGGCAGUGGCGGCGCGAGUGGGAUGCCGAGAAGACCGAUGGGAUGUUCAAGGAUAGCCCGGCCCCUGCCCAUGAACCAUCCCACCGCUAUGAUGAGCAGGCCUGGGCCCGGCCCCCCAAGCCUCCUACUUUUGGGGAGUUCCUGUCCCAGCACAAAGCGGAGGUCAGCAGCCGCAGGAGGAGAAAGAGCAGCCGGCCCCAGGCCAGGGCAGCCCCCCGUGCCUACAGUGACCAUGAUGACCGCUGGGAGACAAAAGAGGAGGCAGCAUCCCCAGCCCCGGAGAUGCCACCGCCCGCGUCCCCCAAGGAGACGCCUGCACAGUCCCCUGAGACCCCCGCCCCCGUCCUCCGGCCUCCUGAGGACGAGGGAGAAGAGAACGAGGGAGAAGAGGACGAAGAGUGGGAGGACGUGAGUGAGGAUGUGAGUGAGGAGGAGGAGGAUGUCGAGGAGGAGGAAGAGGGCGACGAGGAGUGUGACGAGGAGGAAGAGCUGGUGCCAGGCCACCAAGCCCAAGAGGCCAGUCCUGCUGGGGACCCCAGCAGUGAGCAGGCCAACAGAGCACCCUCCAGGCCUGAGCAGCCCCUGCCGCGGCCCCAGGCGCCUGCCACGCCGUCCAGUCCCUUCUCGACACCUGGUGGCCACGAGCCUGUGUCUGACUGGGGUGAAGAGAUGGAGCUGAAUUCUCCGCGGACCGCCCACCCGGCCGGCACCUUCUCUCCGGGUGAG